AUGAUUGCAAUUGAUCUAGAAUUCCGACAAUGGCAAUGGCAAUAUCAAAUAUCAACUACUUUUUUUAUAUUUGUAAUACUACCAAUACUAUAUUACAUAUAUUGUAAAUAUGUAACUUCAUCACCAAAUUCAUAUAAUAAAAUUGAAUCACCUAAAAAAUUAACAAUACCAAUACCAGAAGAAGCAAGACCUCAUUGGAAAGGUAAACGAUUAUACCCUAAACCAAGUAUUUUUGUAGAGAAUGAUUUAACAAAAUUACAAUGUUAUUGUCCAGCAACUGGUCAAGAUUUAGGUAUAUUUCCAACCACAACUAGAAAAGAAAUGGAUGAAAUGAUUGAGAAAGCUCACAAAGCACAGCAAAAAUGGUCAAAUAGUUCAUUCACCAUUAGAAGAAAAUUCUUAAGAACUUUAGCUCGUUUUAUAUUGGAGAAUCAAGAGAAUAUAGCAAGAAUAGCAUGUAGAGAUUCUGGAAAGACAAAAUUAGAUGCAAGUAUGGGAGAAAUUAUGGUAACUUUGGAGAAAGUAAAUUGGAUUGUUCAACAUGGUGAAAAAAUAUUGAAACCUAAUCAAAGACCCGGACCUGCUAAUUUUUUAUUGGGGUUUAUGAAAAAUGCAGAAGUUAGAUAUGAACCUUUAGGUGUAGUAUCUUCAAUUAUAUCAUGGAAUUAUCCAUUUCAUAAUUUAAUGGGACCAAUAAUAGCUUCGGUUUUCACAGGUAAUGCUAUAGUUGUAAAAUGUUCUGAAAAUGUAGUUUGGUCUAGUAAAUGGUUUAUUUCGAUGUGUAAAUCAACUUUAAAAGCUUUGGAUUUAGAUGAAGAUUUAAUACAGCUAUGUUAUUGUUUUCCUCAAGAUGCUAAUUAUUUUAGCUCACACCCUGGAUUAAAUCAUAUUACAUUUAUUGGAUCAAAACCUAUUGCUCAUCAUGUUGUUAGUAAUGCUGCUAAACAAUUAACUCCUUGUGUUGUAGAAUUGGGUGGGAAGGAUUCAUUUAUAGUUUUGGAUGAUGUUAAAGAUUUAAAUGCUUUAUCUUCUAUAAUAUUGAGAGGGACUUUUCAAAGUGCUGGACAGAAUUGUAUUGGGAUUGAAAGAGUUAUUUGUUUACCUAAAUCAUACGAAAUUUUAGUGGAUGUGCUAUCUAAACGUAUUAAAGAAUUCAGAAUAGGGUCAGAUAUUGAUCAAUCAGAUGAAAUAGAUAUGGGAGCAAUGAUAUCUGAUAAUAGAUUUGAACAACUUGAUGAAUUAAUAAAAGAUGCUGUAUCAAAGGGUGCUAAAUUAAUUCAUGGCGGUAAAGCAUAUCAACAUCCAAAUUAUCCACAAGGUCAUUAUUUUGAACCUACAUUAUUAAUUGAUGUUGAUCCAACAAUGAAAAUAUUUAAUGAAGAAGUAUUUGGACCCAUAUUAACAAUAAUAAAAGCAACAGAUGUAAAUGAUGCCAUAUCAUUAGCAAAUAAUUCCGAGUAUGGAUUAGGAAAUUCAAUAUUUGGAUCAAAUUUUAAUCAAUUGAAUCAACUAGCAAAUAAAUUAAAAAGUGGUAAUGUUGCAAUAAAUGAUUUUGCAACUUAUUAUGUAGCUCAAUUACCCUUUGGUGGUGUUAAAAAAUCUGGAUAUGGGAAAUUUGGAGGUGAAGAAGGUUUAACUGGAUUAUGUAAUUUAAAAUCAAUUAUAAUGGAUAAACCAUUGCUUAGAGUAUUGGGAGUUGCAACUUCUAUCCCACCACCUAUUGAUUAUCCUAUUACUGAUGAUAAAAAGGCAUGGGGUUUUGUUAAAAACUUAAAUAUUGCUGGUUAUGAUGGUAGAGUUUGGGCUAAAUUAAAAGCUUUUAGGAAUUUAGCUAAAGGUGGAGCAUAA